UCACACAUCCCUGGAGCUUGACACCUAAUUCUAAUCUCUCUCUCUCCCUCUUUUCCCCACGCAAUUGCUUUUUCCUUGCUUGCCCUCGGAAGUUAAACAUUCCGUGAGGCCUAAACGAGUCGCCAAAAUUCCACCUUAUUCUUCUGCCGAUAGAUAUUACGGGGAGGGAGAGAGAGAAAAAAACUCCAAGCAAGAGGCAAUCCAUGGACUCAGUGGCUCCCUUAAAGCUCUCCCUUUUGCUUUUCCUUGCGUCUAUAUCUUUGGUUCUCGUACCUUUCGCUCAAGCCACGAAUGUCAAAUACUGCGAUAAGAAAGGUGGCUAUCCUGUGAAGGUCCGAGGUGUUAAGAUAUCACCCAACCCCGUGGUGCCAGGCAAACAAGCCACCUUUAACAUCUCAGCUUCAACCGGCAAAGUCAUUGAUGGUGGGAAACUGGUCAUUGAGGUUUCUUUCCUUCGGGUGCCUGUUCAUACUGAAAAGCAUGAUCUUUCUGAGGAGAUAUCCUGCCCUAUUGCAGUAGGCAACUUUGUCCUCUCACAUACCCAAACUCUACCAGUAUUCACCCCGCAUUUUGUGGUAUCCACAGGGCCCUUAUACGCUAAAGAUGAAAUUAGAGGAUGAUAAAAAUCAACUGUUGACUUGCAUUAGCUUCGAUUUCAAAAUUGGCUCUGGAUCUCAAGAAGUCUUCUAGAUUCAAGUCUUCUAGAAUUGAAUCUCCAGUCCGGUGAGCAUAUAGUGUACUUUUUAGUGGCGUGUAAUCCCAAUCCUGGUUGGCAUUUGGUUGUUAUUCUCAGACAAAAAAUACCAACGAAAAUAAGGUGUUAAUCUCUCUAGCUCUAGCACUUAAUGGUCAAAUGUUAAUGAUGUCUCCAUCGCAUUCGAAACUCUUUUUCAUUUA